UAGGCAGUUUAGUUUUGUGAAUAUAUUCAUGUCCUUUUUUUAAUUCAUCCAAAAAAAAAAAGAUAAAGAGAUCGAUUUCUCUUUCUAUUCUCAUAUUGAAUUAUUGUACUUGGUCAAAUUGCACAUUGUGGAUGAGCAUAGAUCCACGAAUGACGAGAGCGUGUCAAUGUCUCCUUUAAUCAUUCUGCAAUAAUAUCCGCUAAUGAUUUAUGCGCACUUUUUUCGGGACAUUUCAUUUCGAAUUUAAUUUUAAAAGAAGGCCCAUUUAAAGUUAAGCACUCUAGUUGAGUAUGGUGUGGGGUAGGAUAGGAAGUUGAGGAUAUUUUCAAAUCCUAUGUUGGGCCAAAGCCCUUGAACUUGAAUGACAACUGUGACUAUUCCAUGGCACGUUGGGUCUAAUGGCUGGUUGAUGAAUCCCUUCCCAACUCAUAUAUCUUCAAUUUCAAGGCCACUUUUGAUUGGGAAGGCCCAACAUGAAAUUCUUGCCUAAAUUGCUUUCUUAGGUCCGGUAAUGGGCCACGGACUGAGAGAGAGGCUUCCCCGUCUCUCUAUUCGGCUCUGACUAGUUCCCGCCUCAGUGCUGAUACGGCAAUGGUUACGGAAUACUUCUGGUGGGUUUUGAAACCUCACACUGCAGGUAGAGUCCGCAACCGCAACAUAUGCACUAUUUCCCCGACUGUUGUUGUCACUUUGCCCACCCAUUUCCCUCAGCGAACAAAAUGAGGUUUCAUCAAAUGAGUGACAAUACACAUAUCCAAAUAUUAGGGAAGGGAAUAAACGUCGUCAACGUCCCGGUCCCGGUAUACGUAUAGUGUAUACCGCCGAUGUAUGUGCAAAUUAAGAGCGGAGGAUCGAUGAGGUGAAUUAAGUCAAAUGUAUCGUCCAAAGGAUGAAGUUGAUUCAAGAACGUCUUCCGAGCACUUUUAGUUUUAGUGGAAGGAAGAAGUGGAAGUGAGCGAGAGGUGAUGACAUGACUCGAUGUGUUUUACGGAGUGGGACUCCACUCUCCCUCCUGUCCUGCCUCUCUUCUGUCUCAUCAAUCGAUUCAUUAAUUUCUCCAACUAUAUAGUGUCGUUUGCUGGUAUUAGCAAUCGGUACCUUCCAUUAAAUGAUGCAACCAAUCCCACUUCUAACACCUUCCAUACACGCACACAUACAUACAUAUUGCAAUUGAAUGCAAUAAGUUCUCGAGACCACUGUAAUUUCAGACAAUUCCAUUUCAGUGAUUGUCUCAGAUUUGAUGUUAGGUUUACAUCGUCUCAACUGAGUUCCAUUCUGCACCAUGAUGCAUGCAGAAACUUCUGUACAAUUUUUAUCAAACUCUCAGGGCGCUGGAACUCCACCGGCACUAGGCGGCGAGAUUGGCAGCUCGGCCAUUCUGCGUCCUGGCUCUACUUCAUUCAUUUUCGGGGUUAUGAAAUGAUCUGAUCAUACUUUACUAUGACGGAUCCUUCUCUGGGUAAGGGUAGGCCCUGUGACAAUUCUCUGGAUCUACUUCAAGAAAGCAACACAUCCGCAUCAACUUCGUCGACUGCUGCUGUAAAACUGCAGAAAGUCUACCGGAGUUAUCGAACUCGCCGCCGAUUGGCGGACUCUGCUGUUGUUGCCGAAGAGCUUUGGUGGCAAGCAAUAGAUUAUGCAAGACUGAACCACACAACAGUUUCAUUCUUCAAUUUCAAGAAACCCGAAAGUGCCGCUUCUCGUUGGAGCAGGAUCCGCCUCAAUGCUGCCAAGGUCGGGAAAGGUCUCUGCAAGGAUGAAAAGGCACGGAAAUUAGCGUUCCAACAUUGGAUCGAAGCUAUAGACCCGAGACACCGGUAUGGUCACAAUUUGAACCUGUACUAUGAGGAAUGGUGCAGAGGGGAUUCAGACCAGCCAUUUUUCUACUGGUUGGAUAUUGGCGACGGAAAAGAGAUUGAUUUGAAGGUAUGCCCGAGAUUGAAGCUCCAUGAGGAAUGUAUCAAGUAUCUCGGGCCUGUAUGCGUCUAUAACUCAUACAUUUAUGGACUCUCAAUAGCUCUAGUCUCACUUUUCAAUUACUUCUUUCUUGGGCAACCUAUACUAUCAAAGCAAGAGAGAAAGGAGUACGAAUAUAUAAUAUGUGAAGGAGCAGUAGUGCACAAAACUACUGGAGAUCUCCUCGACACAACCCAAAACCGUGGAGCUUCGAAAUGGAUAUUCGUGAUGAGUGCCUCCAAGAAACUCUAUGUCGGCGAGAAGAAGAAGGGAUCAUUCCAUCAUUCGAGCUUCCUUGCGGGAGGGGCCACCUUAGCUGCUGGAAGGCUUGAGGCAGAACACGGAAAACUCAAGUCAGUAUCAGCAUACAGCGGGCAUUAUCGACCGACCAAUGAGAAUCUCGGGAGCUUCUUAGCGUUUCUCAAGGAGAAUCAAGUCAACGUCGAUGAGAUUCAGCCAGGUUCUUUUCCAAACGGAUGAUGAUACCUUGAAUCACCGUGAGGAGAAAGAAACACUGAAGUCAUCUUCUACCUCGACAUCUCCACUAGCUAGAAGAGCACACAGCUACAAGAGGGCUUUAUCAGGCAACCUUCAGAAGCAAGGGAAGACCUUGCCGAAGAAA